GUGCAAUUUUCUUAGCAACCCUCAGCACCAUCUCUCUUAACAUCCUCGUAAUAAUCAUUACGAUUCUCAUGUACACCAUCGCCCUCACAACCAUCACCCUGAUUGUUAUCAUUCACAUCAAGCUCGAGAAUUCAUUUUCUGGCAGUAAUGGGUCGGAUUCUCCAGACCUAGGUGGCUCACAGCAAAAUGAUCCCGGAGACCAAGAUAAUUCAAGAGGCCCGAAUGGUCCUAGAGGUCCUCGGAGGCCACGAGGAGGGGGCCCACGAGAUUCAGAAGGUCCACGUACGCCAUCAAUGCCAGGGGAAGCUUCAAUGGGACUGUCAGGGAACUCAGGUGGUGUGCUAAGCCCGUCCAUAGACCGUUCAGGCAAAUACCCAAAAGAUCAACCAAUGUUGGCACUUCGUGCCAGCAUUGCACCACACAUACACUUAUUAUGCAGGGGUCAGAUCGGGACCUCGAGAAAGAGGUUGGGCUCCGUCAGAGAGCCGGCGCGGAUGGCCGCGUUUGCCUUGGCCACCAUGAGGUCUUGUCGGGUCGUGGCUAAGAGCUGCUUCAGGCUCGGACAGGUGCUUUUACGGCUGUGAGCAGGCAACAAGCGGUCUUGUGUGACAGCUACUUGAUAGUAAUACCCUUAACAGGCGUAAUACUACUGCCUAAAGGGUAGUUCUAAAGCUUGUGCUAAGAUAGCGUAUUAGGGA